AUGGGGUCCAACGAAAUCUCUUACCAAGAAUCUCGGGUGCCGUUGUCGGCGCUUCGCACAACCCUCUCGAGGAAUCCAAUCCCGGAUGAUGUCGAUCAUGAAGCGGUGGUGGCGCAUAUAUGUGGGAGAUUGACCAACCUCGACACCUCCGAUUUCACAACCGAGGCCCAAUGGCGGGACAUUGUAGGGUUGACUGGCAGUAUACGGACUAUUCAAGGGCCUCAGAAUAUUGUGGAAGUAUGGACAAAGCUCAGCUCCGCACAAAAUGCCACCGACUUUGAUCCCAUUGCCGGAUCGACAUCAGCCAUCCGCUUUGGGUCAGUGGCCUGGAUUGAGGCUCGGAUUGAUUUUCGGAUACCUACCAAAGGCAGCCUCCCUGGGCGAAAAUGCUCAGGGAUUCUCCGCAUUGUACCCAAUUCGAGUAGAGAAUGGAAAAUUUGGAUUAUGGUGACGAUACUGGAACAGCUUGAUGGCUGUGGCAGCGUCGAUGUGCUCGUUCAGCUCAGUCCAGAGGAAAGCCUAAGACAAAGAGCGGAAAACGGAGCGGAUUCUGGGGUAGACCUCUUUGAUUGCGUUGUCGCUGGUGGAGGCCAAGCUGGCUUGUGUACUGCGGGUCGCCUCAAAGCACUGGGCGUCUCGUACGCGGUACUGGAGCGAAACAACGAAGUUGGUGGCAACUGGUUGAACCGGUAUCAGUCGUUCAGGCUACACACCUCGAAGGAGUCGAGCGAGAUGCCCUUUGGCAGGAUAUUUGCGAAGGAUGAACCUUACUUUCUCAACGGUCGUCGCCUCGCAGCAGGUUACAAGAGAUAUGUUGAACGGUACGGCAUCAAUAUCUGGUUAUCGACUGUACUUGAAAAGGCCGACUGGGACGAAUCAGCCCAGCUGUGGAUACUGGACCUCCAGCAGAAGCAAAGUGGCCACAGCACUUCUGAUGAAGCGCAACAGAAUUUUAAGAGACGGCAAAUCCGCGCACGACACCUUGUUUUUGCCAUUGGAAGCGGAGGUCAGAUCCCGAAAGUGCCGUUCAUUCCAAAUCGCGAAGCGUUCAAUGGCGAACUCUUGCAUUCAGUCGACUACAGCGUGGCCACGCAAUGGAAAGCAAAACGCGGCGUGGUUAUCGGAAGUGCCAAUUCCGGUCAAGAUGUGGCCAUGGACAUGGUUGCAGCGGGUCUCUCUGCUGUGACUGUCGUCCAGCGAACACCGACCAUGAUUUUGCCAUUGCCAACCUACAAGGCUAUCUUUGACCGCGUUUACAAUGACCAAUCGGACCUUAAUUUGAGCGACAAACUUUUUCUUUCGAUGCCUUUGAAUGUCGAGCAAGCCUUUGCCAUGGAAGUUGUACGGCAGCUGGCCGACGCCAUGCCCGAAUAUUGGCAGGCGCUGGAAAAGUCUAGUUUUGUGGUCAAUCGGUAUCCUGACCUGAUUCAUAUCCUGUACGAACGGCAAGGUGGACAUUACUUUGAUGUCGGUGCGGUCAAAAAGAUUGCGGAUGGCUCGAUCCAGACUAAGCUUGGCUCUAUCGAAAGCUUCACACCCACCGGCCUGCUUUUCAAAGAUGGCUCUACCCUGGACGCCGACGUGAUCAUCCUAGCGACUGGGUUUGAAGGUAGCAUGCGGGCUGCUGCCACGAAAAUCGUUGGCGCCGAGAUCGGAAGUCGUUUGGAUGAGUACAUGGGUGUUGACGCCGAAGGAGAGUUGAGAGGCUACGCGAAACCCAUGGCGGGUCAGAAGAAUGUCUGGUACAUUGGCAGCUUUAUUGGCCUCUCCAGGUACUAUUCGCGCUUUCUAGCGUUACAGAUCAAAGUGGAUCUUCAAGCACAAUAA